AACCACAGGAUUUGGUCUAUCUUGGGUUAGUUAUUAACAUCUUCGGCCCUACUGCCUGACAGGAAAAAAACACUCUGAUUGGCUCUUCGUCUUGACAGUCACAACGGAACUGUCCAAUCAGCUGUCUUCACACAGAGGCCGUGAUGAAUCGUAAAAUGUAUGCGAUAGCUAGCUAACGUUAGCUAUUUGACGAAAUUGUAUGACCGAAACAGCUUUCUUUUUUUAGCCUAAUCGCUGUCAUUGCAAAGUCAAAAUAACGGGAGAUCACUUGGAGAAAAGUGUAAAGAGGCUGAUUUGAUGUGCACGGCACUGGGAGAGGAGGCACCAUGAGUAGGGAGUUGGAUGCGCUGACUGUGGUGAACCAGCUACGAGAUCUCGCAGCUGACCCUCUCAACAGACGAGCCAUAGUACAGGACAACGGCUGCUUACCGGGGCUCAUCCUCUUUCUGGACCACCCCAACCCUCAGGUCGUCUACUCCGCAUUAUUGGCAGUGCGCUACCUGGCAGAAUGUCGGACCAACAGAGAGAAGAUGAAGGGAGAGCUGGGCAUGAUGCUGAGUCUGCAGAAUGUCAUGCAGAAGGGCAGCUCCCCAGGGGAGACCAAGCUGCUGGCGUCUGAAAUCUAUGAGAUUCUGCAGGCAGCUGGUAAUGAGGCAGAGCAGGCUGAGGCUGCCUCCUGCAGACGCAAGGCCCACUUCUUCCUGGGCUCCACCAACAAGAAGGCCAAGACUGUGGUGCUGCACAUCGACGGCCUGGAUGACUCGACUCGUAGAAGUCUGUGUGAGGAGGCCCUGUUGAAGAUCCGGGGGGUGAUCAGCUUCACCUUCCAGAUGGCUGUGAAGAGAUGUGUGGUCAGGAUCCGCUCUGACAUCAAGGCUGAGGCACUGGGCACGGCGAUCAACUCCACCAAGGUGAUGAAGGCUGCACAGGUGGUGAAGGGAGAGGAUGGAGGAGAGCUGAUGCUUCCAUUCCAGGAGGGUGCAGAGGAGGCGGUGGUGGAGCACAACGAGGACAUCCCAGACUACCUUCCUGAGGAGGAAAGCCCGUCUCAGGAGCAGGACAAGGCCGUGACGCGCGUUGGCUCCAUCACAGAUGGCGUGGGCUGGCUCAGCACAGCCGCCAACUUCCUGUCCCGCUCCUUCUACUGGUGACCACUUCCUGUGUCAGUCACAAUCCCAAGCCCACUAACCACCACCCGACGGUCACCUUAGCCCCGCCUAUUUCAUCCAGCCCUUCUACACUGCUCUCUAGUCCCUCUCAACAGCCACACAGAGUACCGCUCUGCUCAGUGUACAAGGAGCGCUGGACUGCCAAGUGCAACCUGCAAUAACCUUUACUUGUUUAUAAAACAAAAUUAGCUAAGAAAAUGCUAGCUACUGUACCGCAGGCUGAACUCGCUGCACACUAAAUACACUCAAGUCAAUCUCUACUCGUUAUGCGUCUCAUAAGCCAUAGACAGAGGACUUCAGAAUCAGAAUCAGCUUACAUCUCUUUUCCUUUAGGGAAGUAGUUUUCUCUGACGCCCGAUGGGUCCAUCAUCUCUUUGAAACCAAAUUGCAUUGUGGGAAUGCAUUGUGCUGCAUCGUCUUCUGAGUUUGAGCAUUGAAUGAUGCUGCGCUUGUGGAAAUUGGAGUGUUUUUGUGCUUAUCUGUUGCUUCUUUUCCUCAUCUUUGUUUUGAUAAGGUUUUUUCACCCUUUUUCUGUUUGCCAAUUUGAUAAUCCCUAAUUCACUUUUCGUUCCCCUGCGGUGGGGGGCUUUUGUUUGUGCCAAUCUUGCUCGCUGCCUUGUUUUUAUCAUGUUUAUGUCUCUAUCCUUCGUUAGGUGCCUUUUGGACUCUUCACUCUCAUGUACUGCUAUUUAUUUGUCCAGUUUAACUUCACUCGAAACCUCUGAAGCCUUGUGAAUAAUGCAAACUGGCUUCUCUGCGUUGGGAGAUAUUUCCCCUAACAGCUCAUGUCUCUCACAGAGAGAUGUCAUAUUAUUAGCGAGACAAAGAGACCCCGGUGAAGGACGGCUGAUGACAGGACAUUAGCUGCUCCAUAGAGGACGGAUGCAGAAAGAAAA